AUGCUUGUUUUGGUGACACCUUACACUCUUCUCUACUUUGUCAACCAAUUAUUCCUACAUGGUGGCCUUGAUCAGAUUCAUUAUCUUUUCUUUGAACUCAUCUUUGUCAUCGCGUUCAGGAAAAUCUUUGGUCUACCAGACUUUACUGAAAGAUGCUUCCCAUCCAACGUGUUCCCAUACCUGAACAGUAGCGGAAAGUCUAUUCAUAUCCAAUCAGUCGAAGGCUUACAGCCCAUUAAAACUAGUCUUGCCAACCCAUUAGUGCCCACAACGACAACAACGCCUACUACCACCACUACUACAAUCAACCCACCUAUUGACCUAAAAUUAACCUCAACCACAUCCAUCAUAAAAUCAACUGAUCAACAUCAUGAAGCAACUGCUACAGAAAUGUCUAGUUCAGAGCUAAUUGCCCCAACCCCAAAACAACAGCUCGCUGGACCUUAUGCGGAGCAAUUGGCAGCAAUGGAAAAAAAGUUUAUGGACUAUAUUGACCAAACAGACAUUUGGGGAAAAGUAUACGAGGAUCCUUCUGUCAAGAACCCGAAUGAUCCAACUAACAGCAGCAGUUGGAUUCAAGUGUUUCAGUACAAGAGCCGACCUAUGUGUUAUAAAAUAGUUGCUUAUUUAGACAGUCCGCCCGCGGUGGCAUUCGAUAUGCUCUGUGAUUUAGAACGCCGAUCGGAAUGGGAUCCUAUGUGUGUGGAGGCCCGGGUCUUGGAGGAAGUUUCUGAGCCUGCAGGGACCACCAUUCAAUAUGUGAGAACAAAGGCUGUCUGGCCCACAGCUUCUCGAGAUACUGUGGUAUUGGGUACUGUUCGAGACUUGGGAUCUGGAGCUAGAUCCGGGUCAAAAAAGGAAGGGUUGUUCAUGGUAAAUGCGAGUAUCAAUCAUUCCAGUAUGCCAGAGAGAGUUAAGGAAAAAAUCGUGAGAAUGGAAACGACCGUGGCGGGCCAUAUUAUCACACCCGAGGCUAAUGGAGCUCGUUGCAAGCUGGUGCAGAUCCUGGAUGCAGACCUGAAGGGUUGGAUUCCUGAGAAGGUGAUUCAGAUGGUUUCAACAAGUGCUAUGCCUGAUGGCCUUCGUGCAAUCAACAAAAUCAUCCCGUCAAUCAAACCCUAUCAAGAGUCUAAAGUACUUGCCAAGGCCGCGGAAUCUCAGCAAGAGGCUAAUACGAUUUGGAGAGCUGCAGCAUCACAGACUAUAGAAGAUGAUGAUCACAACGUCAAUGAAGGCACCCUUGCACAGACACUUGAUGACUGUACUCCAGCAAAUCCCAUGGAUAUGGACCCAGUCGAUGUCAAUCUCGCCCUCGAAAGUGGACAACAAAAGGUCGCUGACGAUAACAUGCUCACCCUUAUUGCUGCACCAGAUAAAGCCAUCAAUAAUAACAUCAACAAGAAAGAUGCAUAUGCUUCUCAUACACGGUUGCGCCAGCGUGUUGGAAUGGGAUUGAGUGAUUUCAGUGAUGAAAAGUCUGACAACACCAUGACUAAAACAUCAUCAGGAUCUACUACAGCUCUCGGAAAAUUAAGGAUAUCCACCAGUGAUAGUAGUAGUACGUUCAAGCUGUUUUGGGAUGGGAUCAAAGAAAAUAUCAAAGCAAGCUUUUCAGGAAAGGCCAACAAGAUCCUGGUCGCGGUCAUUGUAGUGGCUGUAGUGGGAUCUAGUCUGACGAAAUUGAAGCGUCGUUGA